AUGUCCUUGCCAACGAGUCCGCAAGGGAAUAGCACGGGAGCACGCCCCAGCUGGCAAGAGCAGCUUCAAGAACACUGCAGACGUGCCAAGUUGCCCACACCCGUCUUCAAUAUCGUCUCCGAUCGGCGAGGAGGUCGCACGGCUUGGUCCAGCACCGUGACGGUCCAAGGUCAAAAUAUCGCCGCUCGCUAUUGGUAUGAUGGCCAGUACAUCAAUAACGCCAAAGAAGACGCCGCCGAAGUCGCCUUGAAGACGUUGAAUCAACAGCCUCGUUCGUCGACCGUUUAUCCCGGACAACUUUUCCCACAACAAUCGUCCGGGUACGGUCGAGGCACUGGAGGACUGGAGACUCCAUCACUUAUCGACACUGUUUCCUGGGCUGUGCCCCUGCAAUUGACCACUGAUGCGGGUACACGCAUGCUGAUUGCCAGCCAGGCCGAGUCUCUCUCGACGGCGAAGACCCCGGAGUCGGUGCUGUGCCACCCUACACUCACACACAUUGAAGACCAGCAUCGCCGCGCAGUGCCAAGUGAAAUGCCAACUCCCGAGUUGAUUGGUCCUCCCGAAUCGUGGACCGUUGGGUUCCCUGGCAACAGUGGCACCAGCAUCCCUUCUUUGAUGAAGCAUAAAGGUGAUGUCUUGCGCCGCUCCGUAUGCUCCCAUGCCGCCCGGACGUAA